GAUGAGCAGAAUAUAUCCGAAAGGAGGAAGAGUAGAUUCCAGUAAUUAUAUGCCUCAGAUCUUUUGGAACGCAGGCUGUCAAAUGGUUGCCUUAAAUUUUCAAACCCCAGACCUGGCUAUGCAGUUGAAUCAGGGCAAGUUCGAGUACAACGGAAAUUGCGGUUUUCUGCUCAAGCCUGAUUUCAUGCGACGACCAGAUAGGACUUUCGAUCCUUUCUCUGAAUCGCCUGUAGAUGGCGUAAUAGCCGCCACUUGUUCUGUUCAAGUUAUUUCGGGCCAAUUCUUGUCCGACAAAAAGAUCGGAACGUACGUUGAAGUCGAUAUGUACGGACUUCCGACAGAUACUAUUCGAAAGGAAUUUCGAACUAGAACGGUUCCAAACAACGGACUUAAUCCGGUGUAUAACGAAGAGCCUUUUGUGUUCAGAAAGGUGGUGCUACCGGACUUGGCUGUACUUAGGAUUGCUGUAUUUGAAGAAACCGGUAAAUUGAUUGGACAACGAAUUCUGCCUCUUGAUGGCCUACAAGCCGGUUACCGUCACGUUUCGCUGAGGACUGAUGGAAACUUUCCUUUGUCUUUACCCACGGUCUUUUGCCGAUUUGUUCUGAAAACAUAUGUUCCCGACGGUUUAGGAGAUUUUGUCGAUGCUCUUUCCGAUCCCCUUCAGUUUGUUUCAGCAGCAGAAAAACGAGCACAACAAAUGAAAGGUAUGGGGAUUGAUGAGAAUGAUAUAAGCGACGUUCCUGUGACGUCCGGUUCGAAAAAAACUGAUAAGAAAGGCGAUAAGAAAGAUAAAAAGAAAGAAGAUGCAGCGCCAAAGAAAAGUGUUCCAGGAGAGCAAAAUAGUGCCAAUGCUGGUACAGGAGGAAAAAACAACGACAAAAAGGAUGAAUUGGGUUUUGAACCAAUUAGGACCGAGACUCUGAAAACCGAUAAAAAAUUUAUCAAAUUGCUCAAACAGCAGGGAAAGGAUAUGGAGAAUUUGAAGAAGAAGCAAAAUAAGGAACGUUCGGCGAUGCAAAAGCUUCAUUGUAGCGCAGUGGACAAAAUGGUAGCGGUGCAUGACAAGGAAAAAACUUCUCAUGAGAAAAAUCUGGAUAAAGUGAGAAAAAAGAACGCGAGCAGUGAGCAACAAAUGGAAGCUGAAGGUAGAGUUCAACAAGUCGUUGAGGGACAUAUGACAAAGGUUAGAGGAAUAGUGGCGGACCAAACCAAAGAGUGGUCGGAUAUGGUGGCUAAGCAAAUGCACGAGGAGCAUGAAUUAAGAAAGGAGCAUGUGGCGCAACAAACCAGUUUGCUAAAAGUCCUCAUGCAGGUGGCACAUAGUGCUCAGAAGCAAGAAUUUGACCUACUAAAAGAUAAACAAACCAAAGAGUUGAAAGCCAAGCAAACAAAACAAUCUAUGGAAACAGUAAAAAUGGUUAUGGCUGACAAAACAAUCAAGAAUAAGGCGGAAAGAGAUCGUCGAAUUCGCGAACUGAACGAACAAAAUACAAAGAAAUUUAUUGAAGAACGAAAACGCCAAGCCGUCCUUAAGCAAAAACACUUCGAAACGCUCGAAAAGUUGCAACUAGAAGAACUGGAAAAAGUAGAUGAAACAGGACAACAAGAUCUUUUGUUAGCCGAAAUGGAUCUUGUGGAGGCAAAUUUAGCGCACAAACCCGAAACAGUUAUAUGA